AUGUCCAGCAAUAUCACUUGGCACCACAACCUCACCACAGAGGAGCGCAACAAACUGACUGGCCAGAAGGGCGCCACCGUGUGGCUGACCGGGCUGAGUGCGUCUGGAAAGAGCACGAUUGCCUGCGGUCUGGAAAGACUGCUGCUGACUAAGGGAAUCAAUGCUUACAGACUGGACGGCGACAACGUCCGGUUCGGCCUCAACAAGGACCUGGGUUUCAGCGAGAAGGACCGUGCCGAGAACAUCCGUCGUAUUUCCGAGGUCUCGAAGCUCUUUGCCGACUCAUCUGCCAUUGCUAUCACUUCUUUUAUUUCUCCAUACAAAGGUGACAGAGCACAGGCAAGAAAACUGCACGAAGAGGCCGGUCUUCCGUUUGUCGAGGUGUUUGUCGAUGUGCCGCUGGAGGUGGCCGAAAAGAGAGACCCCAAGGGCCUGUACAAGAAGGCCAGGGAGGGGCUUAUCAAGAAUUUCACUGGUAUCGACGACCCAUACGAGGCUCCCGAAAAACCGGAAAUUCACCUGGACACCAGCAACACCGGCAUUGAGGAGUGCAUCACGACCAUUGCCGGGUACCUUGCGUCGCACGGGAUUGUGCCUAACUAG